AUGCGGGGUGAUUCCAUGGACACAUUGGCCGGUUUGGUGAGUUGGUCCAGGGACCUAAAAGUGGAUCCACGAGGUUGGCCCAUGCAUAGUAAUGCCACGCCUUUGAAGAUUGGAGUUCCUGGAAAAACCACUUUCCCGAAAUUUGUGAAGGUGGAUUGGAAUUCAAAUUUGAAUAAAUGGAGCGUUUCUGGUUUUUGCAUUGAUGUCUUCUAUGAGGUGUUGAAUAGUUUGGAGCCUAGUUAUCCCCUACCUCAUGAAUUUGUACCAUACAAUGGCUCCUACAAUGACCUAGUUGAUCAUGUGGCUAACAAGACAUUCGACGCUGUGAUUGGCGACGUAACUAUACUAGCAAAUCGAUCAAAAUAUGUGCAAUUUACGCAGCCAUACGCCGAAUCAAGCUUGUCAAUGAUAGUAACGGUGACGCCCGAGCAUGGAAAGGCAUGGAUUUUCUUGAUGCCUUUCACCAUGGAAAUGUGGGCAGUGACCGCUGCUCUGUUGCUCUACACUGUGUUCAUAAUCUGGCUUUUGGAGCGUCAAUCGAAUCCAGAGUUUGCUGGCCCAUGGUAUAAUCAACUAGCGACUUCACUUUGGUUCACAUUCACUUCACUGUUCUUUGCACAUAGGGAAAGGGUUCAAAAUAGUUACACUCGUGUAGUGGUGGUGGUAUGGCUCUUCGUUGUCUUAGUCUUAUCCUCAAGCUACACUGCAAGUUUCUCCUCAAUGCUCACUGUCCAACGCCUCAAACCGAACAUAACAGACAUAGAGUGGCUACAGAAGAACAAUGCAACAGUAGGUUGUGACGACGAUUCGUUUAUAAAACAGUAUCUACAGAAUGUGCUUCAAUUUAACCCCCAAAACAUCAAGGGCAUCAGCAGCGAAAAUGACUACAUUACCGAAUUCGAGAAUGGCAAUAUCAUUGCAGCAUUUCUUGAACUCCCUGAAUCAAAGGCCUUUAUGAAUCAAUUUUGCAAGGGAUACACUGUUGUCACACCCACAAAUGGAAUUACUCACAGAUUUGGAGGCUUUGGGUUUGUAUUUCCAAAAGGCUCUCCAAUUGCUGAUGUUGUCUCCCAAGCUAUUCUAACCUUAUCGGAGAAUGGUAGGUUAGAACAAUUGGAAGCUCACCGGUUUUCUCUUUCUCCUGAAUGUUUAAACUCUCAAAAACUUGACAAGAUUGAUAGCUUGAGCUGGCAAAGUUUUUGGGGUCUCUAUCUUUGCUCAGCAGUCACUUCCACCAUAUGUUAUGUACUAUUUGCAACUCGCCAGUCAUAUACGGGACAUAUUACUUUGAUUUAUAGCACUAUGUUGUACAAGUUGGUUGGGUUAGUAGAGUAUUUGCAUAUCAUAGUGAGAAAACUUCAAGGUACAACUCCAAACACUGUUCACGCAUUAGGAGUUUAUGAAUGCAACUCUUCUACAGCGGAGUAUACAAGUUCUUCAGAGACUCCGAAGCAAUCUCAAGCAUCGACAUAGCUUGAAGUUCAAAUAACCAAUCUUGAUGAAGAAAGACGUGUUCCUUUGUGACCUAGAGUCUCAGGUUUGAGUUAUAGAAAGACUUAUUGGGAGUAACACAUAUGUCUGAUUUUUUUAGAUGUGAUGAAUGAUGGAAAUUGAGUCGCAUUCAUUGACGUGUGCACUGUUUUUCCUUCUUACUCCAUUUACAUAGAUGUCACAAGAUGGGUGCCACCCUCGUUAUUGUCUUGCUCAUUAUCUAUAAUACAAAGGCUAUCUAUCGUUGUUUUUUU